AAAAGUGUACCAUUUAGCUGAAUCCACUCAAGAAGCACGUGACCACCAGAUAGAGAGAAUGCAAAUGAGCAUCCAGCUAUGAAUGUAGAAGCAUCUCCCGAUUUUGGCAACCUCCCGAUUGUCGUUUGGAUCCAUGUGUUGGAAUAUUUGACGCUCAAAGACAGAUACAGCACCUCUCUGGUGUGUUCAAACAUUUACAAUGCAUUUAAUCACCCCACACUAUGGCAGAAAGUAAAACUAGAUGUAGGAGGAAACUCAGGGAAACACAAAUACUUCCACUGUGUUAAAAUACCCCAAAGAAAUUUUCAUCUCGUUCGUAGGUUUGCAAGAAUGUUCCAUGACGUUACCUUUUCUAUUUGGGGACCAUUACAUAUAAGUUUUGGAGAAUGGAACACAGUGUUAGAAGAAAGCAUCAAUGAUUUUAAAUUGGGAUAUUUAACGUUGAACGUAGGUGGUUUGAGAAUUAUAUCAAAGGGAGGAGAAAGGAAACCUCUGACUGAAAAUAUGAAGCCUAUGGUAGACUUACUUAGAAAUCAGACACAUUUAAAGGCACUUGUCAUAAAUUCGUGGCCAGUUUUUGCCAAAUCCUUAGAGAAUCCAGAUGAAAAUAUAUUUCAAGCUGCUAUUGAAAAUGAAAAAAUUAAAGAUCUGAGAAAACUAAGCUUGUUCAAAUGCGAGUCCACAGCUUGGUCUGAGCGUAGACCACAUUUAAUUUCUGAAGAUUUGACACUGAAAUUGGCAGAUCACUUCAAGAAUUUGACCCAUUUGGCCCUGCGGUCGCCUAUGAUUACUUCAGACCUUAUUAAAAGUCUUUCAUGUAGGGGUAGAGAAAGGCUUCAACAAUUACAAAUAACAAUAAAUUUCAUCCCUGAAAACGAAUUCUUCAAAAUGCCUGAAGUAAAUGAAUCAGUUUGGAAAAAUUUCUCAAGUUACAACUCGAACGUGAAGGUGAAAGUUUUGGUUUUGUCAAGAGUACCACAUUACAAACUAGAAUGUUUCUUAAGGCCUGCUUGUCCUGUCUAUGAAAUAAAGUUUGGAGAAUAUAUCAGAAGUGAUAAGGAAUUUAUCGCUUACCUGGCAGAUACUUUCAAUUCGACACUGGAUACAUUUGAAUACAACGAAGAGGAUGGAGAUUUUGAAAGAGAGCUAAUCACUCUUGUUGAAAAUUCAGACCAAUUAUGUAGGUUAAAAUACCGCGGCAAAAUCAACUGUCAAAAUGUAAUACAUUUAGCGGAACUGAGGAAAAAGAAAUGGGAAUCGUUUCACUUUAUUAGAAAGAACAUUUAUAAAAAGAAUGUCGAGAAGGAACCGGAAAUGGCCUAUGACAGUGAUCAGGUCAUAGCGAAAAAUAAUGACGGAGUCUAUGUCCUCGUGAAUCUGGUGAAAUUUCAUGAACAGGUUUCUAUUCUAGACAGUGAAGAAGAGGAAUAUAGGAUGAUUGAGAAAGUGUCAGAAAAUUUGGGACGUCAUUGGUUCCCUGACGUCAUUGAUCAAUAGUCGAUGUACAAAUUUAAUUUGUUUAUACUGUAGGAAAGAGAUUGAGCAUCUUCACAAUGUCAAGGUUUUGUGACAUCGUUCUUCUUCACAAAUUUCACAAAACCUUGACAAUGUGAAGAUGGGGAUUGCUACAUGUAUGUUCAAGGUAUAUUUUAGCAUAAUGGCAUUAAGAAAUUGCAUCGAUCAUUUUGAUGACUAGAAAUUGAAAUAAAAUUGAAUUGAUUGUAUAUGAAUCAAUAUACGACUUUUAUGGUAAGAAGUAUUUAAUAUUUUUUAUGAUGAUGACAUGUA